AUAACACCAUAUAAUAAACACUAAAAAAAACAAAACUUUUUGAUCAAAUAUUUAACAUUCUUGAUUUUCCGACGAUAUGCCGAUCAGCCGGAUAGCAAUCGGAAGGACGGAGGAAGCCACUCACCCCGACGCCUUAAAGGCUGCGUUGGCUGAGUUUAUCUCAACCUUGAUUUUUGUAUUUGCAGGUUCCGGUUCAGGUGUUGCAUUCAGUAAGUUGACCGGUGGGGGUGCAAACACCCCCACCGGUCUCAUUGCUGCUGCGAUUGCCCAUGCUUUUGGGCUAUUCGUAGCGGUUUCGGUUGGGGCUAACAUUUCAGGAGGACAUGUUAACCCUGCUGUUACAUUUGGUGCUUUUGUUGGUGGUAAUAUAACACUUUUACGUGGAAUUUUGUAUUGGAUUGCUCAAUUACUUGGCUCUGUUGUUGCUUGCUUGCUUCUCAAGUUCACCACGGGUGGCAUGGAGAUAGGUGCAUUUUCUUUGUCUGAUGGAGUUGGUGUAGGCAAUGCAUUGGUACUUGAAAUAGUAAUGACAUUUGGGCUAGUCUACACGGUGUACGCUACCGCAGUGGAUCCAAAGAAGGGUAGUUUGGGAACAAUUGCACCAAUUGCAAUUGGUUUCAUUGUUGGAGCCAAUAUCUUAGUUGGUGGGGCUUUUGAUGGGGCCUCAAUGAACCCAGCAGUUUCAUUUGGGCCAGCAGUUGUGAGUUGGACCUGGAACAACCAUUGGAUUUAUUGGGUUGGGCCUCUUAUUGGUGGUGGGCUUGCUGGGCUUAUUUAUGAGUUCUUUUUCAUUAAUCAGACCCAUGAACCAUUGCCCCAAUAAGAUGAAAAUGUAAAAUGAUGAAUUUUAGAAUUAUAUUGUGUGUGAUUUCACAAUUGCCCUUUGAUUUGGGAUGAACUUGGUUGUUUGGUGUGAAGUUGUUUGGGUUGGGAGAGGGGGUUGAGGGUAAUUAUGUAAUUGUGUUGGGGUGUGGGUGGGGGUUGAUCAGGGUAUAUAUGUAAUUGUGUUUGGGGGGGUGGGGGGUGGAGGUGGGUUGGGGGUUGAGGGUAUUUAUGUAAUUGUGUUUGUUCCAUGUUACAAUUGUCUAUUGAAGUUUCUUUAACUAUGCAUCAAUAUUUU